AUGUCAAUUCUUGAGGCAUCUAACUUAUACAAAAACUUGUCUGUUAACGAUGACGUGGAUGAAGAGAAUCACGUGAAUGUUAGUAGUCAGUCAAUCGAUACGGAACAAGAAAGCUCAGAAAGUGAUGACGAUAAUGUCCCGCUGAGUGAAAUUAGAAUGGAGUUGCAAUCCAGCGCGUCUUCGUCGCAACAAGAGCCUGAAAGCUCUUAA